CCCCACCACCAUCUCAAUCUCUUAAAGUCUUUAACUACAAUGGUUUCCAUUUGUGCUUCUUUGCAUCUUCACAUGGAUAUACAACUCAUGCUACCCUCACCGGCGACCACCACCACCACCCCCUACACCACCGCACCUUCCACUCCUCACCACUACCCCAAUUACUACUACAGCGCCCCAACCAGCCCAAUCCACACCACCUUUCACCACGACAACAACGAUAACGAUAACGACUACGAUGACGACGACGACGAUUUCGCAUUCGAUUUCAGUGGACAGCUAGAACCACCGUCUAUCUCCGCAGCCGACGAGCUCUUUCACUGCGGUCAAAUCAAAACAUCAAACCCCCUCUUAACCCAUCACCAUAACCCCCCAACAUUUUCCAAAAAAAGCUCCAAUUCUUUCACUGCGGCAUUUCAUCAAACACCUGGUGAGCAACAAACCCAACCCCCUCAAAACCCACGUGAAACAACGUCCCCUUUCAGAAUUUCCGAUAUUCUAUCCGAACAAGAUAAGUUAGAUACCAACAACAAUCAGAAAUAUUCUCUGACAUGGUACAAUAGAUGGAACCUGAAGAACCUGUUACUGUUUAGAAGCACAUCAGAGGGUAGUGCGAGAAGGAGGAAAGAGCCGGUGAAUAGAUACGCGAGAGUAACGAAAGGGGAUGAGGAUGUGAAGAAUUCGAGCUUUCGAAGCACGGAGAGUUGUGGGUCGAGUCGGAGAAUGGUAAGAAGGGUGUCGGCCCAUGAGAUACAUUAUACGGCGAACCGGGCGGUGGCGGAGGAGAUGCGGCGGAAGACUUACUUGCCGUAUAAGUCCGGGUUGUUAGGGUGUUUGGGGUUUCGUAAUAACAUCGGUGUCGGUACCACCAGUAGUGGUCAUACGUUAAAUAUAUACUAGUUGUUUUUGUUUAUGGAUCAUGACAAAAAGAUGUUACGUAAAAGUAACUAUGUGUGUUUUUACUCAAUAAUUGACUCGUUUUUAUCUCAAUGAUAACUUUGUAAAGUUGUUUUGAAAUGAGAUAAAUGAAACUUACUAGGUUAGUAGCAGACCGAGUUAUUUCUUCGUUGUUGUGCGACUGUUAUUGGUAACGGAAAUGAAAGUUAUGAGUGA